UAUCCAUCAAGAAUUAAAUCCACCCACCAUCUGUUAUCGAAAAGGACUCUCUACUCAAAAACACUAAUCCAAACCUCUAAUUUUUGUUUCACUCUGCAAAGCCCUUGCAGAUUCUGCGAUGAAGGGCUCAAAUUCAAGCCCAGAAAAUGGAAAAAACAGCAAUAAUGAUGUUCACAAGAGAGAAGAGGAUGAUACUUCUGAUCACGGGCCUAGUUCCAUAACCAUUAAGGUUUCACAUGGGCAAAACCUGUACGACGUCGUUGUACCCGCUAACUCCACUUUUGCAGGUGAUCUGAAAUUAAUGGUUACCCAAAGUAUUGGUUUGGAUCCUGAGACACACAAGCUCGUGUUCAGAGGAAAAGAAAAAGAAGAUAAUGAACAUCUUCAGUUGGCAGGUGUGAAGGACAUGUCAAAAAUGUUACUCAUGGAGGAUACAACAUGCAAAGAGGAAAGACCUGUGGAAGUUGCACAAACAAGUGUGGUUUCGAGAGGAGGUGCUGCUGUUGCUGAAAUAAGAAAAGACAUUGAUGAGCUUUCUGAACAGGUUUCUGCAUUGCAAGCUGUUGUGGAUGGCGGAACCAAGAUUGAUGACAAGGAUAUUGUUUAUGUGACGGAGAUGCUUAUGAGACAAUUGCUUAAAUUGGAUGGCAUUGAAGCUGAAGGAGAAGGGAAAGUGCAGAGAAAGAUGGAGGUGCGCCGUAUCCAGAGUUUUGUGGAGACGAUGGACAUCCUCAAGUCGAAAAACUCCAAUCCCUUUAGCAACACUGGCAAUUCUGCUUCAGUUUCGACUGAGUGGGAGACAUUUGAAUCUGGUUCUAGUAGUGUAAAUGCCCUGCCAACUGGACCAUCUUCUACUAAGCUAACUCAUGAUUGGGAACAAUUUGACUAGUCCAUUUCUGGAUUGUACUAUCAUAAUACCAAAUGAAUUCAAAAUACUUGCUUUGUGUUGUUGCUAAAUUGACAUCUUUGAUAUUUAAAACCUUUUCUUUUGGCUAUAGACUUGGUAAAUAUUUUAUGUACAGACAAGUGGUUUUAUUACCUAUCAAUCUCUGUUGGUGCUUAUUUAUAUUA